AGGAUAUAAAAAUAAUGGUAACAGGGCAACCAUUUCCCUGAAGUUCAGGUUUUCAGGCUCACUGCCAUUAUGGAUGAGCAGCAAGCUUUGAAUUCAAUCAUGCAGGAUUUGGCUGUGCUUCAUAAGGCCAGUCGUCCUGUAUUGCCCCAGCAAGAAACAGGAAAACCAAAGUCAUCUUCACCUAAAAAACAGAAUGAUGUUAGAGUCAAAUUUGAACAUCGAGGUGAGAAAAGGAUCCUGCAGUUUUCCAGGCCUGUCAAACUAGAAGAUCUUGCAGCUAAAGCUAAAGUUGCUUUUGGACAGACAAUGGAUUUGCAUUACAGCAAUAAUGAGCUUGUGAUUCCGUUAACCACACAGGAUGACCUAGACAAAGCUGUGGAACUGCUUGACCGUAGUGUUCACAUGAAGAGUCUCAAGAUAUUGCUUGUAAUACAUGGAAAUACACAGUCACCCAGUGUAAAUAACGUGGAACCCUUGCCCUCACUGGAAGAUUUAGAUAAUACAGUGUUCGGUGUGACAGAAAGAAAAAGGCGACUUUCUGUAAUAGGUUCUAAUACUCGCGAUAGGAGUUCACCUCCCCCAGGAUACAUUCCAGAUGAGCUGCAUCAGGUGGCCCGAAAUGGGUCCUUUACUAGUAUCAACAGUGAGGGUGAAUUCAUUCCAGAAAGUAUGGAUCAGAUGCUGGAUCCAUUGUCUUUGAGUAGUCCUGAAAAUUCUGGUUCAGGAAGCUGUCCGUCACUUGACAGCCCUUUAGAUGGAGACAACUACCCCAAAUCUCGGAUGCCAAGAGCACAGAGCUAUCCAGAUAAUCAUCAGGAGUUCUCAGUAGAGUACGAUAUCCCAAUAUUUGAGAAAUUUGGAAAGGGUGGGACUUAUCCCCGAAGAUAUCAUAUUUCAUACCAUCAACAAGACUACAAUGACGGCCGUAAAACUUUUCCAAGAGCCAGAAGGACUCAGGGAAACAGCUUCCGAUCACCAGUUAGUUUCAGUCCCACUGAUCACUCACUGAGCACGAGUAGCGGGAGCAGCGUCUUUACACCAGAAUAUGAAGAUAACAGAAUGAGGAGAAGGGGAAGCGAUAUAGACAAUCCGACUUUGUCAGUCAUGGACAUCAGCCCACCCAGUCGCUCACCGCGAGCUCCAACUAACUGGAGACUUGGUAAACUGCUUGGUCAAGGUGCAUUUGGCAGAGUAUACCUAUGCUACGAUGCUGAUACUGGAAGAGAACUUGCUGUUAAACAAGUUCAGUUUGAUCCUGAUAGUCCAGAAACCAGCAAGGAAGUAAAUGCACUUGAAUGUGAGAUUCAGUUGCUGAAAAAUCUGCUUCAUGAAAGAAUUGUUCAGUAUUACGGCUUCUUGAGAGAUCCACCAGAAAGAACGCUCUCUAUAUUCAUGGAAUAUAUGCCUGGGGGUUCCAUCAAAGACCAAUUAAAGUCAUAUGGAGCACUCACAGAGAAUGUGACUCGUAAAUAUACGCGGCAGAUUUUGGAAGGAGUUCACUAUUUGCACAGUAACAUGAUUGUCCAUCGAGAUAUUAAAGGGGCAAAUAUCCUGCGAGAUUCAGCAGGCAACGUGAAGCUAGGUGAUUUUGGUGCCAGCAAACGACUCCAGACUAUCUGUCUCUCUGGUACGGGAAUGAAGUCUGUCACAGGCACUCCAUACUGGAUGAGUCCAGAAGUUAUUAGUGGAGAAGGAUAUGGCAGAAAAGCAGAUAUCUGGAGCGUAGGUUGUACAGUGGUAGAAAUGCUCACUGAGAAGCCCCCUUGGGCAGAGUUUGAAGCAAUGGCUGCCAUCUUUAAAAUCGCCACUCAGCCAACCAACCCCCAGUUACCACCUCAUGUCUCGGACCAUGCUCGGGAUUUCUUGAAACGGAUUUUUAUCGAGGCCAAGUUGCGACCAUUUGCAGAUGAACUGCUAAGACACACGUUUGCACACUAUCACUAACAGCCUGCCUCAACUCAGCUUGCAUCUACUGCAUUUAUUUUCUAUUUGACUGCACUUUUAUUUUUUAUUUUUUACAAAAAAAAAGGAGAAAAAAGACAAGAGAGAGAACACAUUCUCUUGAAUCUUUCUUUCACUUAGAUUGUAAACAAUCUAAAUUUUGUAUGUAAAAUGAGAAUCUUCCCUCCCCCGCUCCCAACAGGACUAGAACUUUUUAUUUCUAUAAUGUACUGAUGUGGUUCAUGUAGAUAAAGCACUUUAGUACAUACUUGUUCCUUAUUUAAAGAGGAAAAAAAAGACAAAUGAUUGGACAGUCAGGAACUGUGUGACUUUUUCUGACACUGCUGACUGACUCAGGGUGCAGGGAAAAACAGACAUGCAGCUAGAGGACAAGAAGGUUACUUAUCUGUGAUUGUUCUUUGUAUAUACAGGUACUUGCAGCAGAGAGUUCCAAGUUCUUAUAUUUUAGCAUUUUAAUCGGUUUCCAGAUUCAACAGUUUACGCUUAAACCUACAGUUUUGAGAAUUUAGAAAGCCGCAAGAACUUGGAACUCUCUGUUUAGGAGCGUGUCUACCUGGUACUUCCUCUGUGACCAAAAGAAAAUAACAAAAAAGAACUUGACAUGGAUUCAGUAAAUAGAGGUUUUGGUAUAGAACUAUAUUAUCUUAAUAGGAAAAGAUUUACAGGUAAACAGAUUAUGGAUGCAGACUCCUAGGAACUACUAUACUCCAAGGGUAAAAUUUCCAUAAUAAGCAGAAGUCAGCUGUUGGAUGUAAAUAGUUGGAGAAUGCCUCCUGCUGUAUCUGCCAAAGAGAAUCCUCUAUUGCAUGAGCUUGGAGGGAGACAAUUAUCUUAUCUAAGAAAAAAAUAGUGAUAUUGAGGAGAGAAUCUUCCUCUACGAUCCCAUGAAUGGUUGGGGGGAACGGGAGAGGCUAAUUCUUGUGCAGUAUAUGAGUUAUUUGAUUCAGAAUGACCUAUAAGAAAUAAUGUCUUCAAAGCUGUUGAGAGGCACUAGGGUGGAAUGUAUGUCAACAUCAAGUGCCUGAAUAAUAUAAAAUUCUUCCCAUUAUGCACUUAAAAAAAAGUUUUGCAACAGUUCGGUCAUUAAGGAUGUGUUGAAAAUUUCUGAAAUGAAGCCCGGCGUCUUUUAACACUAGGAAUAACUCACUGAAAAAGAUAAAACUCUGGUUAUACUUUUCAUAAGACCACGAUGAUGAAUUCACCUAAACAAGAAGGCACAGCACAAAAGAUUGUACGAAAAAUAAGCCAAAAACACAAAGUGAACCAGCAACUAAAUAACAUGAGUAUGAUUACUGCAGCCUGAUAAUCCAGAUGAUCAAUGUUUAUCAGGUUUCUAAAUGUCAUAAAACAUAAAUUAAUCACUUUUUCCAUUUGUGAAAGAGAAUAAUAGAAGAUAAAACUCUGAAAUAUGAGUCCUCAGUCCAGAAGCCUGGUGCUGAUCAGGUAUAGUUAAUAACUGACUUUUUGCUACAGAAAAGUCCAAACUCUCGUAUUUUUGUAGAAUUACACUAUAUAAAUAAUUUAAAAGGGAUUUUGGAACUAUUAAGACUACAGAAGUGAAAUAAUACAUACUGUUUUGGAUAAUUCCUUGCUUGCUUUUGUUGUUACAUAAAAACAGAGCAGGCUGAUGGUGUGAACCUUGUCCCCUCUGGCAAGGUUAUACACUGUAGUCCCCAGGCUCCUGUCUGUUUUGCAUCCUUAGAGGGCUAUCGGAAUCAUAAAGAGCAUGGACAUAGAAUAAUAAACACACCCAUUCUCAUGGCAGUUAACUCAUGAGAUUUCUGAAUUUAUUCUAGGAAUUUCCAAAUCUUCUACCAAGCAUAAGCAGGAGUAUGGAUCUAUCCUAAUCACUUUACCUGUAGCAGAGUAAGAAUGAUUUUCCUUCUGUUUUGAGCCGCCUCUCCUGAGACUGUGAGUGGUGGCCCUUUUCAGUUUCUAUGAGUGUUUUAUCCAGCAUAUAGUGUGUUUUGGUCAGGGUAUAUAACUGUGCAGCAUUUUGUAAGCAUGGGAAGAAUUAACCUGACCAGGGAAAAUUUUGAAGGCCAAAAUGAAAGUCAACUAGUAUUGACUUAUUUUUAGUUUCUCUGUAACUAUAGAUAAAAGGUACGAAAGCAGCCUUUAAAGAGAAUUUGUGUGUACUCUGCUGUAAAGGACCUUUGCUUUAUAAGCAAAAUUUAGUGGCAGCACGGGAGGGAGGUUUAAUGUAGAGCCUAAUAAUUUAUGUAGCUAAUUUAAAGAUUGUGUAAUUGAAAUGACUGAUUUCAAACAGAGCAAAAAGGUACCAAAACCAAGCUGGAAAUGUAUAUAAAUUCAGUAGUGGACAGUGAUACCUGAAAAGGUAAGGAAAUUUAUUAUUACCAAAAAAGGACAUUAAAGGGAAAACAUAAUCAGGUUUAUCUGUAGCAUUCAUAAAAAUUAAAGAUAAUAUUCUAAAAAGAAACUGCACUCUCUGAAGCUUGAACAUUUUCAGAAUCUAGUUUUCUAAUAAAUACUGUGUCCUUUCUGUGAGGCAGUGCUGGCUCAUGUAUAUUGCAAUAUCAUUUCCUCAUUGUGAUUUUUAAUUAUUGAAAAUAAUUGAAAUUGUUGCUUUUGUGCCUUUUCUAAAAAUGGCAUUCAGUCAUGACAAUGGUAAGCAUUUUGGAACUGGAAAAAGAAUUUGCAGAAUGCAUCUUCCUUAAACUUUUUUGACAUCAGAAAGCUGCUGAGUAAAGACAGUACGUACUUCUUAUAAGAAGGUGGCUUUUGCCAGUUCAAGUGAUUCUAGUAAAAUUAUAUUAAAUGAAUCAAGAUUAGGCCUGAGCUAUUUUGUUUGUCCCCCCACCCUAAGCUGACCUAAGCUACUUACAGUAAAUUUAUGUGGUUACUAACCAUUUGUUAAUGUUUUGAGCUAGAAAUAUAUACAAAUUUAAAUGAGACUGUUUUCCCAAAAGGUUAGUACUAUUUAUCCCCUUGCAUGUUGCACUUCAAUGUUGUGUUGGGGUAUUACAAAAAAAACGAUCUGUAUUAAAUUAUGUAGUACCUCUGUAUAGAGCGUUUGCAAGACACUUUGUGGACUACAGGCAUGAUAAUUAACAAACCCUGUCUCUAGAGUUUCAGAGGGUGCACGGAACUGCAUGCGUAAAAUUCCAUUAGAGAGAAGGGUUGUGGAUUUGAGAUCCCUGAUGACAACUUUUAAUAUGUUACUAAUGAAGAUACCGGCAUUUUCAAGUCAUCAAUUAUGCUUGAAUACUAGGUCCAAUUAUUAGAGAAUACCAAUGGAAAGAAUACUGUUGCAGGGUUAUAUUUUGCUUUUCUGUAAAUGCCAAGAUGAAGCUGUACUCGCAGAAAAUAAGAGUCAAGGUUGAUAGCGAGUAUGUGUAUUUUCAAAGGACUUAUCUGCUAAUGAAUCUUAUUAUUCUGGCUGUUUACACAUAUUAAGUAACAAAAGUUUAACGACUUGUAUAACUUGACUUUAGUGGUGAUAACUUUCAUGGCAUUUUUUGCUCGUGGCUCUCUCUGGCACAAAUAGAAUUUUUAUUGCUGUUUCAGCCGAUCUUAUUAAACUUCUGUGUAUUUUUUAACCAACUUUGGCUGGAAUGAGGAAAAUGAUGAAUAACCGUUCACACAAGUUCCAUUUGGUGGGAACACAAAUGGGUGAGCCUUGAUCCAGCCCAGUCCUGUUCGAGGAGCAGAUUGUUCAUUUUUAAUUUGGAGGAUGAUAAUAUCCAUGCCAGUACAGAAAAAAGGUAUGGGUAUAAUUGACUUUUUUCUUGAUUGAUAAAUCUGUUACUUUCUCAGUUUUAAUUUAGUCUUAAAAACUCACUUGAUUUGCAAUUCCUACUGUAGCUAAACAGUCCUCUCAGUAUACCAGCAUGAUAAGUUAUUUAACAGCUGGUUUUUUAGCUAGUGCCUUUUUAUCUGUAUGCCUUAGUUUUGUUCAUAUUUGAACACCGUAUUGAAAUGCUAUGGCUGUCGUACAAUUCUGUGUCACCAAAACAGUCUUUGAGUACAUUUCUCAAGUGCCCAAACCAAAAUUCACUAACUGCAUUGAAAAGUGUUCUUCAUGUGUAAUCUGCUGUAGACUUUUAAAUUGAGACUUUAAAAAAGUGAUUUUUGAAGUACUUCCUGAUGAGUACUACCUAAGCUAAUACAGUUUUCAUAUUGCAUUUUGGAGACUGUAAACUGAUGCAGAAAAACUACUUCUCUGCACUCAUACAGACGCUGUUACAGCCAAGAUACAGUUUCCUAGCUCUCUGGGUACUAGACUCUGGUUUUACUGCAGAGAUCUUAAAAGUUCUUAAUGGGCUAGUAAGUGACGGUUGGUGUACUUCUAAAUAUGUUACUGUACUCAAAGUUGUCUACUUUCAAUAUAGAGGAAUAUUAGUUCUGAUUUAGCAGUUCGGCAAACUCCUCAGUGAAGCUAGCUUUGUUCCCGUUAAACUGUUCCCUGUUUCUGUUAGAUAAUCCUAAUCCUGCCAUUGUCUUGACUGAAAGCCUUCUUGCAGCACCAGGAGGUACAGUGCAGUACAGCAAGCCAUUCUUUUUAGACAACAUAGAGCAAUGCGUAUGCAGCUUCAGAGACUUGAGCAAAUUGAUCAGAUCUAUAGUUACUUAAAAUUGAAUUUUGAUUUUUUUUUUCAGUCUUGAAAGUUUGUCAUGCAUAUGAAAAAGCGUAACUUGUGUGCUUGAAUGUAAGUCCAUAUGGUGUUUCUGGAAAAGCAAAAGUAAUACUGCCAGUAUCUCUUCUUCUUGCUGGUAACUUGCUGUCUUGUGUUCAUGACAAGUAUGCAGUGUAAAAUCACAUACAAUUACCAAAGCUUUUCUAUCCCCAUCUACAUAUAGCCAAAAGUGAUGUUUCAUGGAUUAGUACUGUUCCUUAUAUACGCAUAUAUAUGUCAGUAAGCUAUCGCUAACUGAAGAAAGCAGGUACUAGUAAAAAGUGAUGGACACUGCCCAUAUUUAAAAGAUUUGGGUGUUUGUUGUUGCUGUUUUGAUGUGCAAAAUUCAUGCCAGCAUUAAAAUGAAGAGUUUGUUUUUUAAAACUCUUUUUAACUUAAUCUUAUCGAUGUCAUUCUAAAAAUAACGUACAAGCUUGGUGACUGCAUUUGGCAACUUACUUUGUAGCCAGGUUUGAGUUUUGGGACACUUACGGAAUACCAUGAAGAAAAGUAGAUUCGUGAUCCACGUUGCUCUGUGCUCCACAAUAAGAAAAUUUCAAAGCUGCUGCGAAGCAGUCUGUUUUACUUCAGAGCCAGAUCUCACCCACAACUCUAAGGGGUGUAUGCUGCCUUCAAGAGGAGCCCCAAACGCACACCAAAGGGGGCAGAAUUGCUUCCAAACUGGGGUUUCUAACUCAAAAUUCUUGAUCGGAAGCAAAGGAUCUUUUUUCAUUUUAUUUUCUCUGCUUUGCCUAUGCACAGUCCAUUUUUUCAUUUUAAUUGGCAUUACUGAAAUACUGCGUAGGUGGUGGCCACCGAUAGCUUCUGAAUUUCACGAGCGUUAACAUAGAGCGAAAUACCACGGCUCCGCCACGGGAGUCAGAGGCCCUGCAGAUCCCUGCUGCUGGAGGGAGUCGGGCUCAGGCUGCGGGGUGGGCGCGCUGGGGCAGAGCAGCGUCGCGCGGCCCUGCGCUCCGGGGAUGCGACCCGUGUCCUGCAGCUCCUGGCCAUACGGGGAGUUUGGCAGGUGACUCUCGUGGCCACGCGCUGUGCUACAUAAAGCAACUGGUUGGUUUCUCUCUAGCAAUGUAUACAUCCGUAUAUUUGAGGGGCAAGGGGAGAUGGAGAAAAUUCUCGUGUAUCAAACAGUGUUAGCAGUCAUGCUUUGGCUAGGUCUUAUUUCUUCAUGAACCUGCUUUAAAGGGAGAGGAACUGGAUUAAAUACGUUAAAAUCCUAUCUUGUGAUUCAGUCCUUACUCUGAGUCCACUGAUCAGGACUGGAGGUCAAGGUCUUUUGUGGGGAAAUAAGGAAAAGGAUAUGGUAACUCUAGAGUGGCUACUUGCAGGAAAUAUUUCAAAUGUUUUUCAUGUCUUUUCCCCCAAUAAUAGCUUAUCCUUUUCCCCAAAGAGUAUAUAAUGUGGAUUUAAAAACAAGGAUUGCAUUUUCUUUUCUGAACAGGCAUCAGAUUGUCAGUUUCCUAGUGUUUGUUUCUCAUGAAUACCAGUUUAAAAGGUGGUGUCAUCCUAAAAUUGAAAUAGUUUAUUAUGAAAAAUAGUGUCUGUCAUCUCAGACCUCACGCAAGUCAUAUAAAGGAAUAUCAUUGUAAAUAUGUGGAGGGAGACUUAGAUAAAUUGGAACGUAGGCUUUUAGUUUUCAUGAAGCUAGGAAUUAAAAUUUGUAAAUUUACUCUUGAUCUAAUGUACAUUUUUUUAUGUAGCCAUUAAAUUCUCUAUUUAAUCUAUCAGUUUCUCACUGUAAAUGUUUUUACUCUCAGUUGAAUGCUGGGCACAGUUUGUAAUGUAUGUACACAAAGGUGUUUUUUUCUAUCAACGUUGACUUUUUUGCACAUUUCUGGAAAUAUUUAAUUUGUACACUGAUUUAAUACUCUGACCAAUUGUUGAGGGGCGUAUGAGAAUCACGUGUGUGUGCAAUGUACUACUGUCUGGAUGUAUGGUUUUUUUAUUACUUUUGAGAUGUUGCUAUCAGUAACUGCACUGCUGUUGCUGCUUUACAUGGAAUAUCUUGUGUAUAAAAAAGAAAAAAAAUUAAAAAUUAGCCUAUGGUUAUCUUGGUUGAGGAACUCAGGAGUUGAGCGUUGCUUACUAGUUCCAUUUGUCUAACAACCUUCCAAACUUAAGGGUACUUGUAAUUCUAUGUAUGCGUUGAAUGGUUGUGUGUAUAUAUAUAUAUCCCAGUAAUCUUAUUCCACAAUUUCAUUUUUACAUUUUUAUGAACUUGUUUUUUAAGGGUACUAUGUUUAGUUAGAAUAAUUAAAUAUAUAAAAGCUUUGAGAGAUUAUUUACUAGAUAAAUAUAUUUUCAGCUGGCU